CUCUAACUCAGUGUGGAGUGAGCACACAACCAAACGCAGCCCACUUCUGGGUUCCCUUCUGUAAGCCAGCUGGUCUGGCUUAACAACUUUGCUUCCACUUUUUUUUUUAAUCCUGACUUGUUUGAUACAAGGGAUUGACUGAGCAAACCCACAGCUGGAGCUGGAGGGGAACCUUCCAGGUGAAGACAGAAAAAGCACUGGUGCUUGCUGAGCCGGGGGGCGCGUGCUCCAGGAGAAUCACUGAACCGCUGGACGGAGAGACAGACACGAGCGGGGAAAGUCACCGCGAGCCGGACGAGCUGAAGUUGGAGAUAUGCGGAACUGAGCGAGGAGUUGCGUUGGACGGUCCGGUUGUAGCUGAGCCGCACUUGAACGGGGUUUGUGUGGAACCGGAGGACCGCGCAAAGGCUCGGGAACCCGUGUCUCUGUCACAGACCAGCCCACCACAUGAGGACUGAUAGUACGGCUGUUACUUUUCCACAGCACCACUUGGAGCCAGCAGUUUGGAACUGAAAGGUGAACGAGUGAAGGAUUAACUCUAAGGACGUGAAAGUCAGCCAGACAAGAAGACAUUUGUGAAAACGAAGAAGAAGGGAAAAAACAGCAGCAAAGAUGGGGAGAAAAAAGAUUCAGAUAGCGCGGAUUAUGGAUGAACGGAACAGACACGUGACCUUUACCAAGCGCAAAUUUGGUCUGAUGAAGAAAGCAUACGAGCUGAGCGUGUUGUGUGACUGUGAGAUCGCCCUCAUCAUCUUCAACAGCACCAACAAGCUGUUUCAGUACGCCAGCACAGACAUGGACAAAGUCCUGCUCAAAUACACCGAAUACAACGAGCCCCAUGAGAGCAGGACCAACUCUGAUAUUGUGGAUACUCUGCGGAAGAAGGGCUUAAACGGCUGUGACAGCCCUGACAUCGAGGCUGACGACUCUGCAGGCCAGAGCCCAGAGUCAGACGACAAAUACCGCAAAAUUAACGAAGAUAUUGACCUGAUGAUCAACAGACAGAGAAUCUGUCAGGGUCUGCCUCCCUCCAACUAUGACAUGGGAGUGUCCAUCACCGGGAGUAACCCCAGUGGACUGCUGUACUCCCAUCCUGCCAUAGGAGGAGGUUUAGGGAACCACAACCUGCUGCCCAUCUCACACCCCUCUCUGCAGAGGAACAGCAUGUCCCCUCAGCGUCCAUCCAGUACAGGAAAUGCAGGACUGAUGGGCUCAGAGCUUCCAGGCAACGUGGUCUCCACUGUCGUAAAUGGCAGCUACAACAACCACUGCACUUCCCCAGGGCUUCUGUCUCCAGGAGGUGUCUCCAAAAACCUGCAGGAUAAGAGUCCACCUUCAAUGAGCAUGAGCCGUAAGCCUGACCUCCGAACACUGAUGCCCCCCUCCAACAAAUGCAACAACAUGCCAACUAUUUGUGAGGAUUUUGAUCAAAUGCUGAACCAGAGAAUAAAUCACUCUCAGACUGCCCAGACGCUCACUACUCCUGCUGUGUCCAUUGCUGCUCAGACUCUGCCUGGACAGGGAAUGGGCGGGUAUCCAUCCACACUUUCUUCAUCUUAUGGAACAGAGUUCUCCCUCGGCAGUGACCUCUCCUCCCUGUCUGGGUUUGGAGGUUCUGGACUUGGAUCGGUGACAGGAUGGCAGCAGCAGCAAAUACAGAACAUUCAACACUCUGCACUCGGACACAUGGGGAACUUGUGCCAGAACGCCAACCUGAACCUCCCCUCCGCCCACCAGAGCCUCCACAUCAAGUCUGAGCCGGCCUCCCCGCCCAGAGACCGGAACAUGGGCAUGGUCGGCACAGGACUGGGAGGCAUCACCACAGCUGGAUACUCAACCGGCGGCCGGGCUCCAAACGACCGCUCCCCUGGUGACAGCGCGUCCAGCUGCGGGAGCUCGUACGAAGGCAGCGAGGACCGUGAGGAUCACCACGGGAACGACAACUUCCUUCUGCGGCCUCUGUCCAGUCAGGAGGAGCGCAAUAGUCCAUCAGUAAAACGAAUGCGGCUAUCGGAAGGCUGGGCCACAUGAUGGAGUCUACAUCCAGAGGGGAAGAGGGGUUAUUAGUGAAGUUACCUUAUAGUGUUAUUAUUAAUAUUAUCAUAUUCUUGUAUUGCGUGGGUGUGCUAUAUGUGUAAUGGUAACAUGUAUGUGUUGGGGGCAGGGUAAGACAGUGUCAGUCUGUUUUAUAUGGAUACAGUGAUGUUCUGCUGUAUUGACAUGUACUGUAGCUAGACUUGUACACUAGAGGAAUGACUCCUGAGAUCUGGAUGUCAUUUAAGAUGAACAUCAGAGAGUUAGUAAAUGCAUAUGUAUUGCUUGUUUUGUGUUUGUUUGGGGGGAGGGGGGCAAGUAUAAAAAUAUAUAAAAUGCACAUUUUUGUGUGUGCAUACGUAUGCAAACUAACAAAUUAUAAGUGAUGAAAAUAUGUCUGGUACUCUGAAUGGUGAAGCUACUGGUGAGUUUGGUAACAUGUGGAUCAUAGGAGCCAUAAGAGCAGGCAUGCUGCUACACAUGCCGUGUUGCAGGUUCAACAUACUGUGCACCUAGAGCACAUUUCAAUAUGAAAGGACAGAAGGUCAUUUGAGGCAGAAAAACAGGCAGAGAGAGAGAAUGAGAGAAUGUGUAAGUAAGAGACAAAGAAGGCAAAGUAGCGAUAAUGGAAAGAUAAGACAGAGGCUGAGGACGUUUCAGUGUGAAUAGUAAGAAAGUCAUUUGCAACAGGUUGCAUAGAAACAAGCUUUGAACAAAACACAGAUUUCACUUGAUGUGAAAAUUCUUAUUAGAGUUAAGGAAUAAUUUUCAGAGCCAUAUUAGCAAACUGAGAUUAAUUGCUAAUGCAAUCCAGGCACAUACCCUGCAUUAUUUCGUAUCAAAAACCAAGGCGUUGCAACAUUGGAACUUAAAGUCCUGGUGCAGGUGUCAGAAUCUGAGAGACGUGUGAUAAUUUUUUUAUCACUCAUGACCUUGCUAUUCAGAGAAAGUUAGCAUGUGCUGAUAGCUUCGCAUGACUUAGCAGUUAGAGUGAGGAUUGCACUCCUGAAGCCAUAUUCAACCGGACAGUGAUGCUUUUGCUGCACAAAGUUUAUAUUGUUAUGUUUUUAAAAAGUUAUUCUUUCAUUAUUAUAUCAAAUUGAUAUUUUUGGAUGUCUGCAGCUCUAUUUAAUAAGAUUACAGUCAUAUAAGAGGUAAAGACAGGAAGCACAGGUGCACAUCAUUUUCUAUCAAACAUUCAGGGAAGUUAGGUCAGUUGUUAAGUUAGUUGAUGUGAAUGAGAUGUGAUAGUGCAACAUUUUGGGUCUGAUGAAAAAGUAAGGGGUGUAAAUGAUGAAUGUGAGGUUACAACAAGGGGACAUUUGCUUAGGGGAGUGUAAGGGUUUGAAGGGUAAAACCAUCUAGUUCAGGGGUCAUUUUGUCAUUAUGAGGUGCUGGCUGCUGAGUUUUUAACUCACUAGACAGACACUUGAUUAUGAGUCAGUCGUCUGCAUUAAACUUCACAGAUAAAUGAACGGACAGCCAGUUUUCUCCACUAACAAGAGCAAAAGGGUGAAUCCCAAAAUGUUGAACUAUUCCUUUGAACUGUUUGCCAGAUGGUGUCAUACCCAUAUUAUCGUACAGUGACAAUCUCUCAGAGCACAAAGGACAAGCUGCACUGUUGUCCCCCAGCACAACCUGCAUGCCAUGUGUUUUACUUAUAUGUGCUGUAACUAUCAUCAAUGUGUAAACAAAUCAACAUAAAUAUUUGUGCCUUGUUCCGCCACUGGGUCUGACACCAGCCUGACACAUCGAGAGGUUGAAUUAAAUAGACUGCUGAGUAAUAUUUUAAGUUUUUCUGUUUGUUUUUUUCUUUUUUUAAGACACAUGAGACGUGGCAGGGGGUUGUUCACAUUUGAAUAUUUUGGUUUAAGAACUGUAUAUUUGGAGCUCAGACCCUCGGCCACCGUCUGCUGUGUGUAGAGUAUGUACCCCUUUUAACAGAAGACGAAAUUCACUCAGUCCAGUCCCUGUAGCUGUUCUAGUGUGAAAGGCACUGCUGUGUAGCUGGUUGUGUAGCACAUGCAAAGUGAUGUGUGUUGAAAAGGGCAGAGCCAAGCUUUGUUUGCCUCUACUCCCUUUCUUAUUUGACCACAGUCAUCACCAAGUCAAUUGGAAUCCAGUCCAGAUUUCCUGCACCACACCCGGCUCAGCGUAACAAAGCUGAGUGAAGGAUUAAUGGGUAGGAGCUCAUCCUUAGGCUCCAGAUGAAGUAGUCUUUAUGUAGGUGGAGGCAGAGGAGAGCUCACACAAAGAAGGGUGGGGUGUAGACUAACCAAAGGUAUGUUACAGUUUGCUCACCACUGUGUGAGAUACCCUGGUAUUUGUGUGUUUUGUGUAAUUAGUAACUGCCUGGACUUACACUUGUACCUCAAUCGCCCCAAUGUACGUACAUAACCCCAAAUUAUUCUAUUAUUCUAUUUUAUUUAAUUUGUUUUUUUUUUAUUUGAAUUAUUUGGUGACAGUGAAUGUCGUCUGUACAUUAUACGCUAUGUACAUGUUAUAAUACAUGAUGCUCCGCUUUUGGGCUGUACGUCCCCUCUCUUUAGUGCUUCUAAUAACGAUGAGUAAAAAUAUUAUAAAAAGCGUUUGUUAGCGGCAUAAGCUGGCCUUUGUCGCCACUUGGAGACAAUGUUUCUCAGAAAAAAAAGUGCACCUUUGUUGUCACACUCAGAGAUCAUGUACAGCAAUUCCCUCACUCAGAUAUGUGGUAGUAUUUGUAUUUUGCAGAAAAAUAUACAGGCUCUGUUACAAAA